GCAUCAGUCCUCCGUGGUGAUCACAACACUUCAAGCGUUUCGCCAUGAGAACUCUUUUGGUCUUAUCUUUUCUUUGCCUGGCACUGCUCGCGAGGGCGGAGGACAAGGACGACACCAAGAAUGAGAAGCAGGUGGAGGCCAGUGACAUCGCGACGGGGGAGAGCAAAGAAGUGAGAAAGACGGAAAAGCGCGGGCUGUUCGGCCUCGGUGACGGCGGCUUCGAGGGCAGCCACAGCUUCGGCGGCGGCUACGGCGGCGGCUACGGGGGCGGUCAUGGCGGCGGUUAUGGAGGCGGCAUUGGAGGCAGCUACGGCGGCGCCUAUGGGGGCGGUCAUGGCGGCGGUUAUGGAGGCGGCAUUGGAGGCAGCUACGGCGGCGGCUACGGCGGCGGCUAUGGCGGCGGCUACGGCGGCGGCUUCGGAGGAGGCUACGGAGGCGGCUACGGAGGAGGCUUCGAGAUCGGCCGCCAGAAGACGGUGACCGUCACUCACAAGGUUGGCGUCCCAGUGCCGCACCCCUACCCCGUGCACGUCCCGGUCGUCAAGAAGGUCCCCUAUCCCGUCGAGCACCCGGUGCCCUACCCCGUCAAGGUCCCCGUCGAGCGGCCCUACCCCGUCCACGUCCCCGUCCACAAGCCCGUGCCCUACCCCGUGGAGAAGCCCGUGCCCUACCCGGUCAAAGUCCCCGUUGACCGCCCCUACACGGUGCACGUGCCCGUGGAGAAGCACGUGCCAUACCCCGUGCACGUGAAGGUCCCCGUGCCCCAGCCCUACACCGUGCACGUGCCCAAGCCCUACCCCGUGGUCGUCGAGAAGAAGGUGCCGCACCCGUACCCCGUCGAGGUGAAGGUGCACGUGCCGCAGCCAUACCCAGUGCACGUGAAGGUGCCAGUGGCCGUUCACGUCGACCGCCCCGUCCCCGUCCACGUCAAGGUGCCUUUUGACAGGCCGUACCCCGUGCACGUCAUCAAGCCCUACCCGGUGCCCGUCGAGAAGAAGGUGCCCUACCCGGUGGAGAAGGAGGUGCCGUACCCGGUGAAGGUCCCCGUCGACAGGCCGUACCCCGUGCACGUCAUCAAGCCGUACCCGGUGCCCGUGGAGAAGGAGGUGCCGUACCCGGUGGAGAAGCCCGUGCCGUACCCCGUGCUGAAGGAGAUACCGUACCCGGUGAAGGUGCCCGUGGACCGGCCGUACCCGGUGCAGGUGCCCAAGCCGUACCCUGUGCACGUGGAGAAGGAGGUGCCCUACCCCGUCGAGAAGGAGGUGCCGUACCCGGUGAAGGUGCCCUACGAGAAGCCUGUCCCCGUGCCCUACCCCGUGGAGAAGCCCUACCCCUACCCCGUCAAGGUGCCCGUGGCUGUCCCCGUGAAGAGCCACUACCACCACCAACCCCACUACGGGAGCGAGCACUCGGGCUACGAGUGAAGCUCUGCCCGUGCACCUCCCAGCAUUCACACGCAUCUCAACUCUCUCCACCAUCGGCUUCCGCUUUAGGAGGCGCGUUCACUUCGUCUCCACUUGUAUGUACUUCUCUGUGAUAAUUUAUGUUUGUAAAAAUACGCAAUAAACUUCGAUACUUGUUCAAU